AUGGUUGUUCUAGAGGUGUUGCGACUUUACCCUAUAAUGGUAUUUGUUUCAAGGCAAACCUUGCAAAAUUUGAAGCUUGGAAAUAUUGAAAUUCCAAAAGGGUUUAAUAUUUGGUUAUGGUUGCUAGAGUUGCACUUUGAUCCUAAAUUUUGGGGACCUGAUGUUGAAAAGUUCAAUCCUGAGAGGUUUGCUAAUGGCAUUUCUAGAGCAUGCAAAUCUUCUGAAGCCUACAUACCACUUUGCAUAGGGGCUCAAGUGUGUCCUGGCCGGAGCCUUGCGAAGACAGAGCUUCAGGUGUUAUUUGCUAUCAUUCUGUCUAACUUAAGUCUCAUCAUCUUAGACAGCUAGUGCCACCUCCUCAGUAUGCUUUGCUGAUAGAGCCUGAAUUUUGGAGUAAAUCUCCUUGUUGAAAAGGUACGAGUGCUGUCCCUAUUAAAGAUGUUAAUAAAUAACUACCCCACUAGACUAAGUAAAUGACUGUGCAUAGAAUUAAUGAUUGUUACAGUUGCUCAAAAGUGGGCUGUAUUUGUAUCUGGCAUUUUUGGUUUUAAACCACA